AACAGAACAAAUGGAUUCCUUCAUGUUCUUAAAACAAACAGUAAAAAAAUGUGGCUGUCAAGAGUUUUCAACUCGGGAGCAAGUAGCCCCUCAAAAAUUAAAAAUGAGAGCAGUGGUUCUCAAACUCAGCCACACAUUAGAAUGACUGGGGGAGCUUUGAAAGAUCUCAAUGUCCAAGCCACUCCCCAGACCUAACUUAAGCUGGAAUUCCUGGGGGUGGACGCAGACAUCAGCAUUAUUUUAAAGGCCCCAGUUUAUUCCACGUUUGAGAACCACUAACGUAGAGCAUGCUUGUACACAAAUGCUCCUCCACCCUGACUGGACAUCGGAAUCACCCUACAAGCUUUUAAAAACUCCUGUUCCUUCUAACAAGUCAAAGACUUUUUCUUUUUUUAAUAAAAAAAAUUUUGCUAAUUUUUAAAAGCUCCCAGAUGAUUCUUCUACGUUAGCCAGGGUUGGGAACGACCAGGUCACACUACAGAGGUAUACAUUUAGCUCUGUUUAAGCAACCAUCACAGACCCUAAACAUCUCCCAAUGGAACUACUCCUAUGCCAGCGAAAAAGGGCACCUGUGUUGGGGGGAGGAGGGGAUCCCACUAAAAACUAAAAAAUAUUCAGGUUAGAAGCUGGGGUUUCUUACUUUAAAUGUACUAAUUUUAAUGUAUAAAUUCCUCUGUUUUAGCUUUGUUAGCUUUUUUAAACUAUAGCUGAAUGGGAAGAGAAAACAGAAAUGAUCUUGUGCGUUAAUUAAGAUAACCUGGGUGAGUUUUUGUGCUUGAGUAGAACAUCCUAAAAGCCGUGCUUACACUUGGCACUACAUGAUACAGGAGCAAAGUCUGAAAAAGUCUGGCUCUAAUAUAAAAACGCAUCGUGUUCACGGAUACAAUUCUCGACAAUUCUAGAAUAGUUCUAGAACUGGACUGAAGGAAUCAUAAAGACACUGAAACUGGCUGAUUCCGUAACAGGUUGCCCCUGAACUCAUAAGUCCUCACUCUGAAGCUCUUCUCAUGGGUAACAUACCCAGGAGAGGCAGCAGGAAGCAGGUGGCGGACAGUGGCCAGUCGCCGGAAGAAGACCCAUGUGCGGCGCUGCACAGCAAACUCUAUGAAGCCAUCAUGAGGGAAGACUGCACCGCGAUCCAGGGGCUUCUAAGAAGCCACCCUGUCAACCAGCCCAUGACCAUUCUGGCCAACUCCUCCAGCUACAGAUUACUUCUGAGCCAGCAGAUGCAGUCCAUUGUCCCCAUUCACCUGGCUGCCGAAUACCGCAAGGCACAGAGUUUGCUUUGCUUGUUAGAACACGGCGCUGACCCGGAAGUAAGGGACACAAGAGGCCUCACGGCACUUCACCUGAUGCUCCUGCACUGGCCCAUCACUUCUACCACGUGGACAAAACCGGGGAACAGGAUCCAAAGGAUCCUGACAGACAUUCAGAACAACGCCGUAAGGUGUCUCCGCAUUCUGUGUGAACACGGAGCUCAGGUGAACGCACGAGUAGACAACAGCAACAAACAUUCACCCCUCCACCUGGCCAUAAUAUAUGGGACCUAUCCAGUCCUCUCCAUUUUAGCCCAAAAUGGUGCCCAUGUCAAUGCUAUUAAUGAAUCCAGCAUGACGCCCCUUCACAUGGCUGCAGACAUACUGAACAAGGAGAUGAUGGAAACGCUGAUCGCCUGUGGAGCCAACGUGAACUGUGCCGUGUCUUCCACGGGGAACACGGCCCUUAAGCUGGCGGUGUGUACCGCGUCAGGGAAAGCUGGCCGACUGCUGGCCGCGGGCGUGAGCUGCAUCCGCCUGCUGCUGAUCCACGGAGCCAAAGUAAACGCCCAAGACCACGAAGGUCAAACCGCGAUGCACGAGGCAUGUUUUGGAGGCAGAGAGGCAAUAAUCAACCUCUUGCUCGAAUUUGAAGCAAAUGUCAACAUCUUAACAAGAAACGGGGAAUCUCCGAUCUAUAUGUACCUUCAGCGCAGCUCCAAUACAAGAGACACGGUGCUUCUGGCCAGGCUACUUUACCGCUCUUACCCUCUGAGACUGACCAACAACCAAGGAACUCUACCCGCCGGAAUCAUGCUCCCAGAAUUCCACCUCUUAAGGGAAACCCUAAUAAAGUUAUCACAAAAACCCUUAUCCCUAGAGGACAUCUGUAAAAGAAACAUCAGAAAUAUCUAUGGCGAGAAAUACAAACAACACGUGAAGCAACUUCUCCCAGGGAAGAUAUGGAAUUCUGUCUAUGGUUAUUAUGACUUAGCUUACCUCUUGAAAUAAGAUCUCGAAGUUUCACAGUGCCAUGGAGUUUCAGUAACUCAAAUCGCAUUUUCUGGUUAGACAUGCACCCAGAAAACACUUAACCCAUUGCUUUAUAC